GAUUUCAGUUUUCGUGACUCGUUGGUCUCCCCUUAGAGAAUUUGGCGCUUGACCGCAUUAGGACAGGAGGCGGACUCGUUUUUCAGAUCAAGCCAUCGAGCCAUGCUCAGCGCAAUCGCAGCACGAAGAGCAGCACAAGCUGCUUCCUCUAAGCAGCCCUCGCCGACACCGACGCCUUCAAUACCACCACCGGAUUCUAUUUCCGAGCCCACGCGCAACUCAAAUCCUCCCUCGAAACGCAAAACUACUUCUGUCAACGGAAAAAUUUCAUCACGGACCAACAAGAAAGCUAGAGUACUUCCAGAGCGAGCGCGGGCUACCACUCGGUAUUUCGAGUCGAAGGACACGUUUGAGAGAGAAGAGGAUGUGAUCAUGGUGGGAUCAAGCUCGGAUUCAGAGUCGGAGGCUCAAGGACAGCUGCCAGUAGGGUUUGACGACUCCGAGGUCGAGGAAGGACCAAACCCAGGCGUCUCCAUGGAACCACUAUAUCGCCAGCCUUCGGUAUCCCAGCCUUCCCAGCUGUCCUCCUUCAGACCCACUCGGGAUCUCAACAUUUACGAACUCUCCCCCAAUGAAGUCAGUGCCAUGGGCUUGCAAAACGAGACUUCGGUGCUUUGCAUGGACCGGGAGGAGACCCUCGCGCUUUUAGGCGCAUACACUCUUACUGUUUUGAAGGGGUCUAUUUCCAUCCUCGGCGUGACGUUGUCUGCCUCAAAGGUCGCUCACCGUGUUUUUGCUCCUCGUUCCGCUCCGAUUCCCGUCUUACGAUGCGUCGCGUCGGAUGCACCUCCCGACUCAAAUGCACAUUCCCUUCCUCCUCGCAUCACAAAUAUUCACGGUAGGGCUGUAGUAGCGAUUCAAUCGCUCGAUACCGGCGUCGAAGGACUCGGACGUGUGUGUCGCGUCUUCGAUGGCGUUUUUGAUCCUUCGCGUUGGCAGCGAAGCUCGGCGGAAGUAAUACGACCUGGCGUGAACUUGGUGACGCACACUACACGGGACGUGCUACCGUUCGUGCUGCCUGAAUCAUGGAGUGUUGCCCUGAGCGCUGCAAAUACGCCGCCAUCUUCAGCAGAUCCCACACCACUUUCAGUAUAUGUUGUCAAGGGUCCGAAAAAGUCUGGAAAAAGCACCUUUUCUCGGACGCUUGUGAACAGGCUUUUGACGAGAUUUCACCGCGUCGCAUAUCUCGAAUGCGAUGUAGGGCAAUCCGAAUUUACAGCUGGAGGUUUGGUAGCUCUAAACAUUCUCGACAGCCCGAUAUUUGGCCCUCCCCCUACUCAUCCCAGCCUUCCGUACCGAGCGCACUACGUUGGCGCAACCUCACCGCGAUGCAGUCCGGCACACUAUCUCGCAGCCAUCCAAGCGCUCUUCGAAACGUACAGGCUUGAGGUUCAAACUUCGCUCCCGGAUGACGAGUCAACCGAUACACGAACCACCGACGUAAUUCCCUUAGUGGUCAAUACUAUGGGAUGGACGAAGGGUCUUGGUGCUGACUUGAAUGCCAAGAUCGAGGAACUCGCGGAGCCUACUCACGUAUUCGAGAUCAUUGGUCUAGAAGAGAAAGGAUGGCCGACCGCGCAGCUCACCUACGAACCUCUUCACAACCAAUCUCCGCCAAGCAAGGCAUUUCAGUACACCCUCGAAGCAAUAUCGCCAAGCCUGACGAACACGCAUUUUAAUGCCGUCGACCAGCGCAACUUCAAUAUCUUGUCCUACUUCCAUGCCAUAUUCCCAUCUAUUACACCGUCUCCAUCAACACCAUUUCGUCAAGUAACAGCGAUGAAAUGGGACACCUCUCACCCUCUCUGCGCCCGGUAUCCGUAUGAAGUUGACUGGAGCCAGGCAUUUGACCAAGUUAUCCUGAUCGGCGCAGGAUACGAAGACGUGAUUCCCUCGGAGAUCUCCAACGUCUUAAACGGCGCGAUCGUUGGCCUUGUCGAAUGCGAGCCUGGAACCGAAGAUCCGGUAUAUUCCGACUCCUCCGACGCUCGAGAAUUGCCCUACACCCAAGCCAGACAUCCGCCCGUACCUUCAACCUCCACUUGUCAUGGUCUUGCCCUCAUUCGCGCUAUAUCGCCCACUUCAUCUCAUAUGCACGUCCUCACCCCGGUUCCCCCCGCUAUUCUUGCGCGUUGCCGGGUCAUCGUCAAGGGCGAGCUGGAGCUGCCUAUCUGGGGAAUGCUUGAUUUUACAGACGCGAAUAACGGUGUUGCAGGUGCAGAGAAGGGCCGGGUGCCGUAUUUGCAAUGGGGCAAGAGUGAAGGCUUAGGCGGCGAGCGGAGGAGAGUGAGGAGAAAUCUCAUGCGGAAAGCUCAGAUGUGAUAGUAAACAAACGAAAAGUAAGUACACUACGUCUAUGAUAUAAAUAAAUGAAAGACACGCGCGGAAGAGUCAGGUCGUGAAAGGUCGUGACAGAAAUCAGCAGGGG